GAAGACCUCAACUUUUGGUCUUGUUAAAUUUGGAUAGUGAGCAGUUGGUGAAACAUCCUAGAUUGCUUUCUUUCACAUCUCAGUUGAAGGCUGGUAAAGGACUGACUAUUGUGGGCUCUGUGCUUCAGGGAAUCUACUUGGAUAAAUGUACAGAAACUCAGAAAGCUGAAGUGAAUGUAAAGGCCUUAAUGGGAGUAGAAAAGACUAAAGGAUUUUGCCAGAUUGUGGUGUCUCCUAAUUUCAGGGAUGGAAUAUCCUAUUUGAUUCAGUCAGCUGGUCUAGGAGGGAUGAAGCACAAUACAGUCUUGAUGGCAUGGCCACAGUCGUGGAAGCAGACAGAAAAUCGUUUCUCAUGGAAAAAUUUUGUUGACAUUGUACGAGAAACAACAGCAGCUCAGCAAGCACUGUUGGUGGCUAAAAACAUUGACUUAUUUCCAACAAAUCAAGAACGUUUUACUGAAGGAAACAUAGACGUGUGGUGGAUUGUUCAUGAUGGUGGUAUGCUGAUGUUGCUGCCUUUUCUCCUUCGACAGCACAAGGUUUGGAGAAAAUGUAAAAUGCGUAUCUUCACUGUCGCUCAAAUGGAUGAUAAUAGCAUUCAAAUGAAGAAGGAUCUUCAGGUGUUCUUAUAUCAUCUUAGGCUGAAUGCUGAAGUGGAAGUUGUUGAAAUGUUUGAGAACGACAUUUCUGCAUUCACGUAUGAGAAGACACUUAUGAUGGAACAGCGAUCUCAGAUGCUAAAACAGAUGCAAAAGAACGAAAGGGAAAUAGAGAUUCAGAGCAUCACUGAUGAGUCUCGGGGCUCAAUCAGAAGAAAAAGCUACUCCAGUCCGCAGUCCAUUGGCCAAGAUGCACAGGCACUUCUGACUAAUGAUUAUCAAGAGGAGGAGGCUCAGCUGAUCCACGACAGAAACACUGCUUCUCACUCAGCUCCAGCAGUCAAAGCAAGUGUGGCUGCUGCUGUGCCAGAAAAAGUGCAGAUGACCUGGACUAAAGAAAAGUUUGUAGCUGAAAAGCAUAAAAACAAAGAUUCAAACGUGUCUGGCUUUAAAGAUAUCUUCAACAUGAAACCAGAAUGGGGAAAUCUGAAUCAGUCAAAUGUGAGACGAAUGCACACUGCUGUGAAGCUCAAUGGAGUAGUGCUUAAUAAAUCACAGCAUGCUCAGCUAGUUCUCCUAAACAUGCCUGGACCUCCUAAAAACAGAAAAGGGGAUGAAAACUAUAUGGAGUUUUUGGAAGUUCUGACAGAAGGUCUGGAUAGAGUUCUCCUGGUCCGAGGCAGUGGACGUGAAGUGAUCACCAUUUAUUCUUAA